GAAGAUCAGAAGGUGACAUGCGCACUGCAGGGCGCACUCAAGCCGCGGACACAAUGCUGGAAAAUAAAAGCGCUCAGGUUGCUUCUUGAUUUGUUGCCGUCUUCCAAUUAUCUGUUAUGACUUUUUCUACAAGGAAAGUGUCGUUUUUGGUAUUCUCUAUUGCCAAAUUCACCCGCAGAGUGGAAGAAGAGGAGGUGGAGGAUAGUCUGUGCGCUUUAAGCUCAGUGGGGACCUGUUGAUAGCCCACCGGCGCUGCAAUGGAGGUAUUGAAAAAAGAAGAAUGACACUCAUCUAGCACUAAAAGGCACAACGCAGCAAUUUAACUAAACACCCUGGCAGGUUACGAUGGAAAUCAUGGAUACUCAGUGUGCCUUGGAGGCUGUGGAGAGAUUGCAAGCCAAACUGAAGGAGCGAGGAGAGGCCCCCACACAGGAGAAACUCUCUGUGCUAAAGACCGUCCUGCAGAGCCCCCUGUUCCAUCAUAUACUCAGCUUACAGCAAGCUCAGCAGAAGCCCCCAGUGAAGCAGGGGAAGGGCAUUUCCAAAUCUGUAUCCAUGAACUGUGGCCCAUGCCAGGGUAUGGGUCUGGGCUUGAAGACCCUGAGCCACAGCGACUCCUACACAUGGGCCAUGGAGAAUCGAAGGCCCAGCACUGCCAGAUCCUUCCGCAGGGAUAGCAGCAUGUCAUCUCUAGGCUCACAGGACCUAUCCUUCUCAGACAUCUACCCAGAAAACUGCAUUAACGCUGAAUCUCAAUACUGCACUCCCCCUCGAAUCUCCCGUACCAUGUCGAUGGGGAGAAACCUAUCUGCUAUUGCCCAUGAGAGGCGUCAUGUAGAGAUGAUAGAGCUCAUCAAUGAUGGGAAGGGCCUUGGGUUUGGCAUCAUAGGAGGGAGGAGCACAGGAGUCAUGGUCAAGACCAUCCUGCCUGGAGGAGCUGCAGGGAGGGAUAACCGCCUCCGUAGUGGUGAUCAAAUCCUACGCAUUGGAGAGACAGAUCUUGUAGGGAUGAACAGUGAGCAGGUGGCCCAGGUGUUGCGAAAUGCUGGAAGCAAGGUGAAACUGCUCAUUGCCCGGGACGUUAUCAAGGACAACCACCUUUCCUCUCCCGUCCUCAGCCAGGACAGCUUGGAUGGCAAGCUAAAUGACUUAAAUAAUGACUGUGAGUUCAGUGUGCAGUUUACUAAAAACAGCCGGGGCCUAGGAUUCACUAUUUCCAGCUACAUCGGUGACCUGAACUCAGUUUACAGUGCUGGUGUGAUAGUGAAGAGCAUAGUGAAAGGCAGCACUGUCGAUCAAGAUGGACGCAUCCACAUUGGAGACAUCAUCCUGUCUGUGGAUGGAGUGAGCCUACAUGGUUGCAGCGAACAACGAGCCAUGGAAGUGCUAAGGAGGACAGGUCCCCUGGUCAGACUCAGGCUGCUGAGGAAGGCUGUCCGUCUGAGCCAUAUUCUGCCUCCUGUUCCUCCUUUGCAGCCCCUCCGACAUUCCCACAGCUUCCACGAGGGAAAUCCCUAUAGAGUGGGCCUCAACAAAAUUCAGGAAACAGGAAUUUGCUCACUGCGGGAGAUUUCGCGGCAAGCAGCAUACGCCAACAGGAAACCCCGAUAUGAUUCCAGAAAAGGUGCGAAACUAACUUCAGCUGAGGAGGAAGACCUGAGGAAGAGGUGGCAGCAUGCAGUUGGACCCCGAUAUGAAGUUAUUUGUUGUCAGCUGGAGCGUUUCAGUGAGACAAGUGGUCUGGGCAUCAGUCUGGAGGCUCGGGCAGGACAUCACUACCUGUGCUCUGUCUUACCUGAGGGGCCUGUGGGCCAAAGUGGCAAGAUCUUCACUGGGGACCAGAUACUGGAGGUCAACGGGAUCCCUCUCAUUGGUCAGACACAUAAGGAGGUGGUCAGUAUUCUGAAAGAGCUGCCAGUGUGUGUGUGUCUGGUGUGCUCCCGCAUUGUCCCUCCUGCAGUUCAUGACAGUGAUGAAGACGGGGAUGACGUCCAUCUGACACUGAAAGAGCUGCUGGCUGAAUUCAAUGACAAGUUGGACCAGGGUUGUAUCAUUCCCUGUCCUACAGCUGAGGACAUCACCAAGCGUGGCGUGCCCCCCAUGUCACCUCCCCUGGCCAUGUGGGAAAAAGAGGCUCAAGUGGUCGAGCUGGAGAAAGGCGAGUCGGGACUGGGCUUCAGUAUCCUGGACUACCAGGACCCAGAAGAUGCCACUAAAACUGUUCUGGUGAUCCGAUCUUUGGUGCCUGGAGGUGUAGCUGAUCGGGAUGGCCGUCUGCUUCCAGGUGACCGACUCAUGUUUGUCAACGAAACUGACCUGGAAGGCUCCAGCCUGGAUUAUGCCGUGCAUGUCCUUAAGUCCUCUGGCUAUGGCCCCGUUCACAUUGGUGUUGCCAAACCAUUGCCGCUUGAAUUGUGUGGCGGUUUGACGCCCAUCUCAGAGAGGAGCACGCGGGCUUCCUGCGAUGACACAGAAAGCCACACUCAGGUCAGCCUGCUAGCUGAGGCAGCCGAGGCUAACACCAACACACACACUGUUCACUCUGAGGACAACAGCACCAUCCUGCCCUGUUACACUGCAACGGAAAACCAGCUGCGUCAGCGCUUCAACAUCAUGGAAGAUGACCACAGACAGACAGCCCCACCCCUGCCUCCUCGCACCGGCUUUGAGAGGACAAUCACUGUUGUCCGGGGCAACUGUAGCCUUGGCAUGUCGGUGAGUGCUAUCAAGGACGGCUCAGGCAUGCUGGUGCGCAGUGUGGUCCAGGGGGGAUGUGUUAGCCAGGAUGGCAGGCUGGGGGUGGGAGAUGCCAUCUUGGCCAUCAACGAAGAACCUACCUCCAACCUGACCAACACCAAGGCCAGGGCCAUGCUCCGCAGACAAUCUGUCAUAGGGCCAGAGAUAAGAAUAACCUAUGUCCCAGCCAAUCAGGUGGAUGAGUUUCGAUCCCGUCUAGGUUUGACCCCUAUGACAUCCAUCACAGCGGACAGUGCCUCUUCUUCACCUACCCCACCAGCUCCUUCUCCAGAACCUUCCUCAUCCCUGACCAGCUCCCUCAGCCCCAACAGAGCUCCGGCUCCAGCUGCAGCUCCGAAUCAGACUCCUUCUUCAUCCACCCUCAAACCCCCUGCCUCAGUUCAUAUGAACGCUCCAACAGCUCCAGGUGCAGCCGCAGUGAAACCGUCUGCUACAUACAAAUCUCCAUUCAAAGGUCCAGCCAUUGUCCCUACCAUCACCCCAGCCCCAGACUCAAGUUGGCAGAUGCCAAAGCAUCCACACAAGAACAAGGAAGAAGAAAACAAAUAUGCAGAGAGUAUGGAGAAAAGAAAGGAUGGUAGCGCCGAUGGGAAAGUACCUAAAGUGGAAGUGGAGAUUAAGGUGGAUGGAAAAGAUCAACGAGAUGAAGAUUUUCACUCUCAUACCAAUGCGUCUUCGGAUCAACCAAGAAGUGUGCGGCUAACUCGAGCACCAGGCCAGUCCCUGGGUAUCAGCAUAAUGGGAGGCAGAGGCAUGGGCCGCAGACUGAGCAGCGGAGAGAUGAUGAGGGGAGUCUUCAUCAAGCACAUCAGCCCCGACAGCCCGGCAGCACAUAAUGGCACCCUCCGGACUGGAGACAGGAUACUAGAGGUUUGUGGAUUUGAUCUAAGAGAUGCCAGUCAUGAACAAGCAGUGGAGACUAUCCGCAAAGCUGGAGACACUGUUAUCUUCCUGGUUCAGUCUGGACAGCACAGAUCUCAGUCUCCUCUGCUCGCUAACAAUGAAAGACUGACUCCUAGUCCACAGUCAAACUCACACAGCAACAAGGUACCAUCGCCAACAUCCGAUAGAGCAGAACGGAGAAGCCCUAUAUCUGUCACGACACAAAUGCAAAUGGCUGCUGAAGAUGAAGACAACACUUGCAGGAAAAAGAUGCUCCAGCGUUAUGGCAGCUUGUCUGGGAAGCUCCAUAUGAUUGAGCUGGAGAAGGACCCUGAGGCUCAGGGCUUAGGAAUCCGCCUAAGAGGAAACAAAGAUGGCUCUAGGGCCCGUAUGAGUGUCUAUGUGGAGCAUAUAGACCCCCGAGGACCAGCUGGUUUAGAUGGGAGGAUACGGGUGGGGGAUGAACUACUGGAGAUCAAUGGCCAGAUUUUGUACGGCCGAAGUCACCAGAAUGCCUCCACUAUCAUUAAUAAUGCCCCUUCUAAAGUCAAGAUCAUUCUCAUCAGGAAUAAAGCAGCCACGGGUCCAACCGGCAAAGGAUCCGGAACAGAGCAUGAGGACACAGUAGACUCUCAGACAGACUCUGCAGAGGGUGGAGGAUUAUCCAGAGACAUCCAGCAUAUCAUCCUACCUCAGGAUCAUGUGGGACUUGGCCUCUGCCUGACAGAGAAGGAAUCCAAAGAUGGAGUGGUGGUCCAGUCUCUGAUCCAGCAUGGCACUGCCAGUAAGGAUGGCAGGAUAAAGGUUGGAGACAGAAUUAUUGGAGUGGGUGAUGAACCUGUAGGCCGACAAUCCAUAGACAAGGUGUCUAGUUUGAUUCUCAAACAAGGGGUCACCGUCAAACUCUCCAUCAGCCGCUCCAAAAGUCCUACUUCCUCUCUGUCUCUCCCGUCGUCUAUUUCUUGUCCCUCCUCUUUCAAUCCUUCCUCCUCCCAUUCUUUUCCUGUCUCAGCUUCCACCUCAUCAAUCUGUACCAUCCCAUCGUCCACCACGGAGCGGACUGAUUGGUUAGGGCCUACAUCUGCAGGUCCUGAACUCCACAGCUGUCCCAUUGUGCCAGGAAAGGAAACUGCAAUAGAAAUUAAUAAAGGAAAUGUAGGCCUGGGACUCAGCAUUGUAGGAGGAUGUGACACUCUGCUGGGGGCAGUCAUAAUCCAUGAGGUAAAUGAUGGAGGAGCAGCACAAAGGGAUGGGAGGCUGCAGGCCGGAGACCAGAUAUUAGAGGUAAAUGGAAUAGACCUGCGGCAGGCUACUCAUGAUGAGGCCAUUGGUGUGCUUCGACUCACCACCCAGCGUGUUUGCCUGUGCGUGUUCAGGCACCAGGAGGCCUACAGGGAGGAGGACUUAUGGGAUGUCUUCAGUCUGGAGCUCAGGCCUCGUCCUGGAGAGGGGCUAGGCUUUAGUACUGUAGGAAAAAGUAAUGACACGGGCAUCUUUGUGUCAGAUAUCAUCAGAGGAGGCGUAGCAGAUUCAGAUGGCAGGUUGUUGCUAGGUGACCAGAUUCUGUCAAUCAGUGGCGAGGAUGUUCGUGCAUCAUCACACGAAGAUGCAGAGAAGCUUCUACAGAAGUGCAGCGGAGUGGUCCACCUGGAGGUGGCUCGUUUUAAAGCAGGCCUACAGUAUUCACAGAGGAGCCAGGAAUUCUUUAAGUUCUGUUUUAUCCAGAGCGAAGAUUCUGACUGUUCAACCCUGACCCCUUCAAGUGGAUGUGAUACUUCGUUUGGCCACCAGACGGAGAUAGAUAGCAAAACAGGGAGCUACACAUUUCAAGAUCACCCUGACAUAAAAAAAGUAGUAAUACAAAAGGGUCCAUGUGACUCCCUGGGCAUCAGUGUAGCAGGAGGAGUGGGCAGUCCCCAUGGCAACGUACCUCUUUUUAUCGCUACCAUGGAUACCAAUGGCCUGGCUGCCAAAACACAGCAAUUACAGACAGGAAACAGGAUCCUGAGUAUAAAUGACGUGUCCACCCGAGGAAUGACUCAUGUCCAUGCUGGAGCCCUGCUCAAAAACACCACAGGAACCAUCAGACUGGAGGUGGCAGCAGGUGCUGGCGGAUGCAGCACACAGGAUCACACUAAUACUAACACCCGAUGGUCAGGCCAGCCCAGCAGCCUGCCCUGCUUUCACAACAAUCUUUGCAAUGUACAAAGGGAGAGAAAGACCAAUGCUCGCAUGUACAAGACCAUCACACUAGAGAGAGGUUCUUCAGGUCUGGGCUUCAGCAUCGUAGGGGGAUUCGGAAGUCCACAUGGAGAUUUGCCCAUAUAUGUUAAAUCUGUCUUCAACAAGGGUGCAGCUGUAGAGGACGGCAGGCUGAAACGUGGAGAUCAGAUCAUUGCUGUAAACGGACAUUGCCUUGAAGGGGUGACUCAUGCUGAAGCUGUGGACAUCCUGAAGAAGACCAAGGGAUCUGUGGUCCUGACUGUACUCUCCUAAGACAAAACUUCUCGAAUUUCUCUUUGAUUCAUUUCUUAGGAAAGUGGAGCCUGGCAUGAGGUAGCUGCAUCCCACAGAACUGCUUUACCCAGACUGCAGGAGGUGGACAUAGACAGUAAAACUGACUAUGCUUGGCUUAAAAUCAUUAAGAAAGUAUAUAAGAAUGAAUUUAUUUGUAUUUUGCUUGAAGGAGCUACCUCUUUAACUGACAACAUAGGAUGGAGGUCUCUGAAUGUGUUUAUGUAAACAGUAUUCUCAAAAAUAUUCUGGUAAUGUACAGUGUAAUUUGAACUGAUGCAUUGGUGUUGUAUGAGUCUUCAUGUAAUUACAAUCAUCUCUCGUGAAUAUUUUCAUAUAACCAUGAAAACUCAUAUUAAACAGGCCAGCGUGUUAGGGUCCAGAAUGAUGAGGAUUUAUCAAACUAAUGCUUUUCAAAAUAAUCAAAUCAUACUCUGGAUGGCUGCUGUUUAGCUGCUGAUAAAGGUACAACACUGUUAUGCAACACUGCAAAAGUGAUUACACUCAUAAAUAAAUGACCAUCCACAGACCUCUGAAUUUACUGUUCACAACAAUACAAGAGACACAUCUCUGAAGACAAUGAGAAUGACUUGUAUUUAUGUAACUCACUGACUUCUGUACAUUCAGAAUUAAUCUCCUUGAUAAACUCCUAAGACCCCGAACAUGCCAAGUGCUUCUGCCAAUCUUUUGUAUGGCAUUAAGGUUUUAGGACAUUUGCUUUACUCAUUUUUCUUUUAAUGUUUUAUUAUAAUACUCAUAUGAUUUAAUGGACUCUUACAAGAUUAAUGUAUUAUUGUGACGCAUUCAUGAUUAGCAAUAAUAGCCACCUUAUGUUGAGAAGAUUUAAAAAAAGAAAAAUUCAUUUGAUUUCCUCUGUUGGAAAAACAGCUGUUAACACCAGUUAGUUGAACGUAUCCAAUGUACUGCAGAUACAGAGCACAGCUGUAAAAAUAACAGAUUUAUCUAGUGACCUCUGCUUUCGUAGUCUUCAUCUUGAUGUUUUUUAGAUACUUCAAGAAAGUAUUGUUAUAGUGUAAUGUACAAUCUUUAAUUUAAAACCUCCUUAUACCUGGAACAGUUGUUUUAUAUGAAUUUAUUUAUACUGUGAUAUUGAUGUUUUCACAUUUCUUUUCAUUUAUGUUGGUAGUCCACAGAGCCUAACUGAAUGUACCUAAACACAUCUUAUUAAAUGUUUAUUUGUUAGA